AUGUUAGCACCGGCGGGAAAUCUUCCAGUCACGACGGAGGAGACUAGUCUCUCUUCUAUUGACGUCAUUUCCCUGUCGAUUCAAAAACUUAUAGCUUUUGUUACUAGCCACCGUCCUUGGUGGUCGGAGUUUCUACCAUUAAGUUCCAUCGACCGACCAAGCUCUUUCUCCUCUGCCAUCUCGCGUGCUAAACUCAACCUCCGACACUUCACGGUUAACUAUUCUCUCGUGACGGCGGUUUCGGUCACACUCUUCUUGAUCGGUGAUGUGACGGCCUUUCUUACCAUUGCCUCCUUUGCAAUCAUGUGGUUGCUCUUCUACUUUUGCAAGGACCAUCCUUUGGUUUUGUACGGUACAAAUAUCGGCGAUUGUGUGAUCGUCGUCGGGUUGACCUUUGGCUCGCUAUGGGCAUUGUGGUUCACGGACUGCCUCAAGAGUCUGGUUCUUGGGGUCGUUACAGGUGUCUUGUUUUGUUUGGUCCAUGCCGUCGUACGGAAUCCAGAUGACCUCUUUAUACAAGAAAAGGAAGUUGUAAAUCCUUCGAAUUUUCUUCAUUGGAGCUGA